GCUGUCAUUGGUGAGUGCGCAGCGUUACAAAGCGGACGUAUUCGCCAUGUGUUAGCAUCCUGCUGUGUCAAGCGAAUGUGAAACGGGCUUUAGUUUUGUCAAUAGCAGGUCCCAAGUCUGAGAUAUACACACAAAAGCCCGGUGCAUUAGAUCAACAGAAGCACGUGUGAUUUAAAGGGAAAAUUGGGGAAAAAAUAAAUCAAGGAAACCAAGUGACAUAGGGUCCACGUUAAGCGAUAGUUUUGUGCGAUUUUUAUCGAAUUUUAGUUUCUGUUCGCUCCAAUGACCAGAGGAUAAAAUAGCAGGCUGUCCGCAGGAUUAUUUGGUUAUUAUUUUAACGAGUUAAAACUGAAAUCAUCUGGUCGAAUGGAUUAGAUUCAUUUGAACUUAUACACCAGAAGGCGGGAUAUAUGUGUGUGUGGCUGUGGCCAGUUGUGAUCGGAUAAAUCUGUGCAUAGUGAGUUUGGACCGUGGUGAUUUAUUUAAGAGACAUUCAUUAGAACAACAGCCAGACGUUCACCUGUCCCCACGGGCUCCGCAAAAGGUCGAUGAGACAAAUGACCAAAGAUCGCCUCGACUGCCCAUAAAGCAUUUUAAGGCGUUUAGAAGGAGUUCGAACCAUAUUCCAGCGUUUGUGUAUGCCCCCGGUAUGAGAGAGGUGUCGACAUGGUGUACGAACACACCGUGUGUGAUGGGAUAGAUCUCAACUUCAUCAUCGAGGACAGCGAUGAGGAAAAUGAGGAAGAAUGGCUGAGGUCAUCACCCAUCAAAUAUUUUACAACAGAGUUGUCACUGAAAGGACGUCUAAAAAGGUUGCUGUUAAGAAAGCCUUCAACAAGAAUUCGACUAAGAAUCUUUGACCUGAUAUGCAAGCUGUUAUUAUGCAUCCUGUACAUAGUUCGAGUCUCACUGGAUCAACCCGCCAACUACCAAUGCAAUGGCCAACACUGCAGUACUGUCAACGAGAGUGCGAUCCUCCCCAAAGACGAUGGCAGUAUGAAGUUCUCCUCCACUGCCAUCAACUGGUAUGUGAUACUGUGGGUGGACCGCCCUAUGCCUAUGUGGAUUUUGCAGUGCCUUCUAUCUGUGAUAACUCUCACCAAGGCUUGCCUUGACCUUCUCAUUGUCUCCAAGGGAACCCUCCUUGAGAAAGCCACACAAGACUGCUUUGUUCUAGAACUGAUAGUGACCAUUCCCUUUCUAGUCACGCUGUUCUACCCCCCUCUCCUGAUGAACCUGUACGUGCCUGGCUUCCUCAAUAUCUGGCUGGUGAAGAAGUCUCUGGAGAAAUUGUUUAAUGAUUUGCAUCUGACCAAGCAGAGAUUCCAGACAAUCUCCGUCACACUGUCACAGCAGUUAUUUCUGCUGGUGGUUUCCAUGGGCUGUCUCAUAUUUACUACAAUCUGUGGAAUCCAGCACAUCCAGAGAAGUAGUGCUACCGAUCAGCUGACCAUGUUUGAGUCGUUUUACUUUGUGAUCGUCACAUUCUCCACAGUUGGUUACGGCGACAUCUCCCCUGACAACUGGCUUGGUCAGCUGUUUAUGCUCACCAUGAUCUGUUUGGCCUUUGCCUUCAUUCCCAGGCAGGUGGAAGGAAUUCAUUCCACAUGGAAGGAGAGGAAGAAGACAGGUGGUGAGUACAGCUCGCGCCACGCGGCGGGACACCGCCAUGUGGUGGUUUGUACCAGCAAUCUCAGCGCCGAGUACACCAUGGACUUCCUCAUCGAGUUCUACGCAAAUAGGAAAUUAGAGGAUCACAUUGUGGUGCUGUUGAGUUCUGAUGAGAAGGACACCAGUCUACAGAUCAUCCUGAAGGACCCAAAGUGGGCCCACCGUGUGAUAUACAUGAGGGGCUCAGCGCUCAAGGACACCGACCUUCAGCGGUGCAGGUUGCAGGAAGCUGAUGCUUGUUUUAUUUUGGCUCCCAGUAAAUGUCACAACAGGGAUGAAGCUGACCAACACACUAUCCUGCGUUCCUGGGCUGUGAAGGACUUUGCUCCACAGUGUAGACAAUACAUUCAACUCUUUAAAACAGAGCACAAGCUUCAUGUCAAGUUUGCUGAGCAUGUGGUUUGUGAGGAUGAGUUUAAGUACGCCCUGUUAGCCAACAACUGUCUGUACCCUGGUCUUUCCACCUUGGUCACCCUACUCCUUCACACGACCAACAGGGAAUUAGGUGAGGUGGGACUGGAGACCUGGCAGCAUGUCUAUGGCCGACACUCGGGGAAUGAAGUGUACCACAUACAGCUCUGUAAGAGUGUGUUCUUCCAGAAGUAUGAGGGACAGAGUUUUACUAAUGCAUCAGCUGAUGCCCAUAAGCGAUUUGGAGUGUGUUUGAUUGGUGUUCUUGAUGUGACCAAUGAGGAGCCUCGUCUUCAGUUGAACCCGGGGUCAUCCUACAAACUGAAGACUUCCGAUUAUUGCUUCUACAUUGGAGAAUUCAAGGAAGAAUUCUCUAAAGUGAAAUAUAACAAUGUGAUUCAUGAAGAAACAAUGUCUGUUGACAAAAGUUCAGCAGGCAAUAAUAGCCGGAGUCUAGAGCAAGUCUCCGAGGUCUUGGAGAAAUGGAUUAAACAAGAACUGGAAUCAGACAACUAUGGUGAAGAGAGCGUCUUCAAUUCGACCAUUACCAGCGAGUGGGGACAGGAAAUCGCUCGACGAGUUCGUAGAAGGAGCGAAGGGGAAACUCGGAAACCGGAAGCAUUAGCACAGGAGUCGACAGUGAUAGAGGCCCAGGUCAACGCUAAUGUAGGGAAGGAGAAGAAGGUGCCUAAAGUUCUACAGGUCCAUCAGGACAUGGGACAGGAGGAGAUGAUCACUGGGCCUCCUCCAGCUACCCUGUACUCUGGCAACAGAAGGACCCUAUGUCAUCUGAUGGGGAUCCCCCGACCCGCAUGCUGCCUAAAAUGGGGAGAGAAUUGCGAGCACUGUACAUACAAGAAUGCAAAUGAUGACCGCUGGCAGGGUCAGCUGAUCAUCCUCGCAGUGGAGCACGCUUGCUCUGGCAUCCACAACUUCAUUGUGCCCCUGAGGUCCCACUUCAUCAGUAGGAACUCCCUCAGUCCUAUCAUCCUGCUCCUGGAGAACAGCCCAGAUGAUAUAUUUCUCAGCUCCAUCGGACACUUUCCUCUGGUUUACUGGAUGAUUGGAAAGAUUUCAAGCAUCGAUGACCUACUUCUGGCGGGCAUUAACAAGGUCAGUCACUUAGUGGUGGUGAAUCACGACACAAUGAGGGACAAUAUGGAGGAGACGAUGGUCGAUUCGGAGACUAUUGUGGCCGUUCAGACUAUAAUCAAGUUGUUUCCAAACACAAACAUCAUCACAGAGUUAAGCCAGGCCACCAGUAUACGCUUCAUGCAGUUCUGUGUUAACAGCUCUCACUAUGCAAAGCAGGAUUCAAAGUUACAAAAGGUUGUGAAUGGGAAGAUGAGUUCGGCUCUCUCCCACAUUUUCCGCCAGCCAUUUGCAGCGGGACAGGUUUUUAGUGCUAGCAUGCUCAACAGUCUCCUCUAUCAGACAUUUGUGAAGGGAUACCUGAUUACCCUUGUCAGGCUGCUGCUGGGCAUUGAUGCUGAGGAGAACUCAGGCCAUCUCUCAAGUGUAAGAGUUCAACGUAUGACCUACGCAAGAUAUAGCACAUACGGAGAACUUUAUACUGCCAUGGCAACAACAACUGGGGAAAUCCCAAUUGCUAUUUAUAGAACAGAGGAGAAUGCUGAUUCUGUAACAGCUGCCCAGAAUAAUGACACCAAGAACAAUAAUAACCAUCAACCAGAAAUAGACAACAGGAAGUUCUCCACCAAGAUGAGUGGAGGGGGUCUCUUCUCCAAGGCGUCGAACUCAAAGCCUGAAAAAGAAACCGCUGAUCUGGCUGCCCUAGUCAAAAAUCGUCUCACCAAUCUUGGCAUGAAGGCGUCUGACUACGAUUUACUGAACUUCAAAGAUACAGAAGCGGAUGCCGAUUCAUCAGCUGACACCAUAUCCUAUGUUAUCCUAAACCCAACUCCAAUGAGAAAGCUUAGAGUGGGUGAUAUUGUGUAUGUUAUUCAACCGAGCAGCAUGGCUGCCAUUCCAAGCAGUAAAACAAGAUGGAAUGUGGUGAGAAAUGCAUUUGCUGCAAAGGGUGCUGUUUUCAGGUCAAUGAGUAACCCAGCCAGCUCUGGCCUAAACAAUGGAAGCGCGUUAAAUCGCCGGUCCAGUGGUUCUGGUGAACUCUUUGCCAGAGGAAGGGAGUCUGUCACUAACCCGAGAAGGAAACUCAGUAGCCAUGCCAGAUUAUCAACUGUCAAAGACACGGAGAGACAGGACCCUCUGCCAACAGACGCAAACUCACGGAAGGAAAGCGAGUAUGUGUUCCCAGUGAAGAGACUGAGUAGAUCUUCUAGAUUAUCGACUACGAAAGAACCAGAGAAACAGGACUUACUCCAGACGGAUAUCUUUAACCCAGAGAAAGCCUCACCCCAAGACUCGGGCAAAUAUGAGUUUCCAGUAAGAAAACUUAGUAGUUCUGCUAGAUUAUCAACGGUAAAAGACACAGAGAAGGAGGGACUGCUGCAGACAGAAAUUUUACCCCCAGAGCAAGGUUUAUCUUCAAAUUCUGGGAAAGAAAGUGAGUCUUAUGUGUUCCCAGUAAAGAAAUUGAGUAAAUCUACUAGAUUAUCAGCUGUAAAAGACCCAGAGAAGCAGGACUUGCUGCAAACAGAAAUUUUACCCCAUGGGCAAAGCUUAUCACAAGAUUCUGGGAAAGGAAGUGAGUCUACAUAUGUAUUUCCAGUAAAGAAACUGAGUAAAUCUACGAAAUUAUCAGCUGUGAAGGACACAGAAAAACAAGAACUGUUGCAGACAGAAAUUUUACCCCCUGAGCACGGUGUACUCCCUGACACUGAUCCAUUCGGGAGAAAAGUUUCUAGAUUUACAGUACAUAGUGCUUCUGAUGCAUGAACUUAUUUGCUAUGAAUUAACUAGCAUUUUGAUUACUGUUUUAUUAAUUGUUUUGAAUAAGAAAGGGGGGUAAGGUGUUAAAAUUGGGGGGAAAUGGAAUGCAUUCAUUUGAUUAAGAUGGGUUUCAGAACAUUCCUAUUUAGAAGUUAUGUAUGUAUAGUUACAUACAUCAUAUUGUUUACCCUUGGACGGUUUAUUUGGUCUCAUAGAUGGUGAGGCAAAGUUAAGCGGUCUUUCAGACUGAUCAACCCGAUAUAUUUCUGUAUUCAGUCAGUAACAAACUUAAAAAGUAAUAGUACCUAUCCUUGAAUUCUGGAAGACUACGAGGUAGACUGAUAAAUGGACCAAUCUAUAUAAUGAUCCCUAUUAUAAAGCAUUCCCAUAUAUAUUCAUGCAUUGCUGCUCUAAGAUGACAUAUAUAAAUUUUGAUUGAUAUUUAGUAUUCAGAUAGCAUAUGCAGACUAAAUUUAUACCAUAUAUUUGAAAUGCUUCAUUUGUUUUGUGUUUAAUCAAGCAUUAACUAUAAGAAUACACAAAUGUAAACUUAUGAACAAAGUGUAUUAUAUUUUCAUUUUUACCAUACAGUUAUUCAGACAAGCCACUUUGUUAAUUUAAUGUUUUUAAUGUUUAUAUAGUUAUGUUGUAAUAGCCAAAACAAAGUUUUCUGCUCUGUUUUCUUUGUCCUAUGUUCCCCAAUGGUUUUUACUACAUUCCCUUACUCUGCUCUAUUCCCUUGGUAUUCCUUACCUCACAGAUGUUUCCUUCAAUGUGAUUUACUUUGUCAAAUACCACCUAUUUUUUGAUAUUUUUGAAGUUAUUUUAAUCAUGAAGAUAUGGCACAUGUACUCAUUUCGACUGUAUUGUCAGAAUAAGCUUUUUUUAAUACCAGAUCUCUUCUUUUGUGCAUGUAUAUUGACUGCGUAUUUACUUACAGCAAAACUCAGUCAUAGCAAAGAAUUGGAACUAUGAAAAGUUCCUUACAAAAGACCUAAUUUAUUUUUUUUUAUCCAUUUCUUGGUAUGUUUUUUGUUGGCUUUUUUCUAUAAACUUGUAAUUGAACAUUGUUGACAUAUCUUCGAUGAAGAAUGAUUAUUUAUAGCAUGUCUCUGCAGACCCCAUUAAUAUUCACAUCUUUAUUACUGUUUAUCAGUUUUACUGUUGAGGGUUUAUUGAGCU